AUAAAAUGCCUCAAAUUGGCAAAGGCAAAUUGAGACAAACAGGCGCACUCACAAUCACACCUAUGAGCAAUUUAGAGUCUCCAAUGAAUGUCGCAUGUUUUGGGAUGUGGGAGGAAACCCAAGCAGGCACGGGAGAAUAUGCAAACGCCACGCAGGCGGGGCCGGGAUUUGAUUCCCGGUCCUCAGAACUGUGAACCCAAUGCUCUACAGCUGCUCCACCGUGCCGUCUCUGGCGCCAAUUGUUUCCAAUUAUCAUAUUAUAUUAAAAUUCAUCAAUUUAGUGGGCAUAACACGAUGAUGACAAUUUUCCACAGAAGGGUCUAUAUAAGACGCAUCGUUGAGCUGCUGUCUCUAAAGACGUCCUCAUGUGACUCUUGAUUUAAUGACGUGUUCUUUAUCACAUGCCAUCGCAGUUGCGACACAAGGAGAAACGUCUGCAGCGUCACGCAAGCCACGGGCCGUGAGUGGAGCGCCCAACAUUUUCCCCAGACCCCUGUCGACAUUUGUGCAAGCCAAGAGCAUUCUCCCCAUCGCUCUGCAUUUAGCGUAGCUAGGGUCGUCAAUGAAUUUUUUCAAGCUCACCUUUAAGUGCUUCGUCGACGGCUUCUGAUCGAUCACCUCCAGCCCGUGGACACCGCCCACCUAGCUUCCUCCAUUUGAGCGCCACUGCCCAAGCUCUGGUGCCGCACCAUCGGAUCAUCACCAGAAAUUGCGUGUGAAAGUGUUUCAAACAAGCGAGUGGCAGCCACCUGGAAAGGAGAGAAUAUUCAAGGUGAAAACUGCCACCUACGGAUGGAAAGAGGAGACCUGUCCAUAGCAGAGUGUGGGGGGUCAGCUAACUCCCUAGUGCCUCUGUCUGAAAUGACCCCAGUGUGCAGUGAGGGUGGACAAGCUGGUGCACCAUUGAAGCAGGACGGAGAUGCGGUACCAGUGUACAGAGAGCGAGAAACCUGGACCAGACAGAUGGACUUCAUCAUGUCCUGCGUGGGUUUUGCUGUAGGCUUGGGUAACGUCUGGCGCUUUCCAUACCUUUGCUACAAGAACGGAGGAGGUGUGUUCCUCAUCCCGUACUUGCUGAUCGUGUUCAUCGGGGGCAUCCCGGUCUUCUUCCUGGAAAUCGCUUUGGGACAGUUCAUGAAGCAGGGAGGCAUUUCCGCCUGGAACAUUGCACCUCUUUUCAAAGGUCUGGGCUGGGCCUCAAUGGUGAUCGUGUUCUUCUGCAACACCUACUACAUCAUGGUUCUGGUGUGGGGUCUGUAUUUUCUGGUCAAUUCUUUCACCACCCCGCUGCCGUGGUCCACCUGCGGACACCCUUGGAACACCCCCAACUGCACAGUAGCCUUCUCCCUCAACUGCCACAGCAACAGCGCUCCCUCAUCUGCCACUCAAGACCAUCUGGUGCCCAACGACAGCUGUGUGGAGAUGGCGGGCGUGCGCUCUCCAGUCAUCGAGUUCUGGGAGCAAAAAGUUCUCCAUCUGUCUGGUGGGCUAGAUGAGAUCGGUGACAUCAACUGGCACGUGGCGCUGUGCCUCGUCGCCACCUGGGUCAUUGUUUACUUCUGCAUAUGGAAAGGAGUUAAAUCCACAGGAAAGGUUGUGUAUUUCACAGCUCUGUUCCCGUAUGUGGUUCUGGUUAUUCUUUUGGGGCACGGUGUCACACUACCUGGCGCAUUAGAUGGGAUUGUAUACUACCUGAAACCAGACUGGUCCAAACUGGGAGAAGCACAGGUGUGGAUUGAUGCUGGUACCCAGAUUUUCUUCUCUUAUGCCAUCGGAUUGGGCGCCCUGACUGCACUGGGUAGCUACAACCGCUUCCAUUAUAACUGUUACCGGGAUGCGUUUGUGUUGGCGGUCAUUAACAGUGGAACCAGCUUCUUUGCGGGCUUUGUUGUCUUCUCUGUGUUGGGCUUCAUGGCCGCAGAGCAAGGUGUGGACAUCAGUAAGGUAGCUGAAAGUGGACCGGGCUUGGCCUUUAUAGCCUACCCCAAGGCUGUGACUUUGAUGCCCUUCGCACCAUUCUGGGCGGUGCUCUUCUUCUUUAUGUUACUUAUACUUGGCCUGGACAGUCAGUUUGUCGGAGUGGAGGGUUUAAUAACCGGAAUCUUGGACAUGCUUCCUCGUGAGUUAGCCCAGGACUGCCUGCAGCGAGAGGUGGUGGCAGCAAUCUGCUGUGUCAUCUGCAUCCUCAUUGACAUCUCAAUGAUCACACAGGGAGGGAUGUAUGUGUUCCAGUUGUUUGACUACUACUCUGCCAGUGGCAUCACUCUGCUGUGGCAGGCUUUCUGGGAGUGUGUGGUGAUUGCUUGGGUCUACGGUGCGGACCGUUUCAUGAAGGAUGUGGCCCGUAUGAUUGGCUAUGAGCCCCUCCCUUACAUGAAGUGGUGCUGGUCCUACAUCACACCCCUUGUCUGUGUUGGAGUUUUUCUGUUCCAUGUGUUUAACUACAAGCCCCUAAGCUACAACAAUGUGUACACAUACCCAUUAUGGGGUGAAAUGUUCGGGUGGGCAUUGGCCCUUUCCUCCAUGCUUUGUAUCCCUCUCACUGUUGUUUUCAAGCUGCUGCGCUCAAAAGGAACAAUCCGGGAGCGGUGGAAACGCCUUAUAACUCCACAAUGGGGCAGACACCAUUUGGAAUAUCUUAUCCCAGAGAAUGAGGCAAAACUGCUGCAGGCAAGAUCCCUGAAUGUCCUGGAAAGUGCUGCCUGAUAUUCAAAGACCCAUCAUGCACAAAGCCAAGUGUAAACCGUGUAAUUCUCCUUGCUUCGUAUUCUGGAUUUUCAAUAAAAUACACAUCCGGUUUGGUCUCAGCUUCUUUAAGCCAGUUCGAAAUUGUUUCGAUUGCAAAAAUACCAGCGAGCUAAGAAUGAUCCAGAAAGAAUGACUUGUGAAUCAAAACGAUACUGCCUGUACUUUUCCAAAAUAAAGUCCUAAGAAUGAUCCAGAAAGAAUGACUUGUGAAUCAAAACGAUACUGC